UUUACCCUGAGCUCCUCUGUGAAUGAACAUAGGAGGACUCACCCUGGAGAAAAAUCUCAUAAAUGUGCUGAAUGUGGAAAAUGCUUCAAACGAAACUCUUCUCUUGUUUUGCAUUAUCGAACUCAUACUGGAGAGAAACCUUAUAGCUGUAAUGAGUGUGGAAAAUCCUUCUCCAAGAACUACAAUCUGAUUGUACAUCAAAGGAUCCAUACAGGAGAGAAGCCGUAUAAGUGCAAUAAAUGUGGGAAAGCUUUCAGUGAUGGGUCAGCUCUGACACAACACCAGAGAAUUCACACGGGUGAGAAACCUUAUGAAUGUCUAGAAUGUGGGAAAACCUUUAACCGAAAUUCAUCCCUUAUUUUACAUCAAAGAACUCAUACAGGGGAAAAACCAUAUAGAUGUAAUGAGUGUGGGAAACCCUUUACUGACAUCUCUCAUCUCACAGUGCAUCUCAGGAUCCACACUGGGGAGAAACCCUAUGAGUGUAGCAAAUGUGGAAAGGCUUUUCGAGAUGGCUCAUACCUCACCCAACAUGAGAGGACUCACACUGGAGAGAAGCCCUUUGAAUGUGCAGAAUGUGGGAAAUCCUUCAAUCGCAACUCUCACCUCAUUGUGCAUCAAAAAAUACAUUCUGGGGAGAAACCCUAUGAAUGUAAGGAAUGUGGAAAAACUUUCAUUGAGAGUGCAUACCUCAUCAGGCACCAGAGAAUUCACACUGGUGAGAAACCCUAUGGCUGUAACCAGUGUCAGAAACUUUUUAGGAACAUUGCUGGCCUCAUCCGGCACCAAAGGACUCAUACUGGUGAGAAGCCCUAUGAGUGUAAUCAGUGUGGCAAAGCUUUCAGGGAUAGCUCCUGUCUGACUAAGCACCAGAGAAUUCACACUAAGGAGACUCCAUACCAGUGUCUGGAAUGUGGGAAAUCCUUCAAGCAGAACUCUCACCUGGCAGUACACCAGAGACUCCAUAGUAGGGAGGGUCCCAGUCAGUGUCCUCAGUGUGGGAAAACAUUCAGAAGGAACUCAUCUCUUGUUCGACAUCAAAGAACACACCCUGGAGAGCAAUCCAUGGAGACAUAAUGAACAUGGGCUACACUGUUCUCCCAACUUGCUUUUGGAAACCUACAUGAAAUAGGUGUGUAUUCAGAUGUGACUCUUUCCUGAUUAGUAGAAAACAAUUCCCUAAGCUAUUUAGUGAAUAGAUGAAUGUGAGGCAUCCCUUGGCCUUAUUGUUAAAUCUGUUAACUAGGAAAUUCCUGGAGACAAUAGGAUGGAAAUAAAUGUAGAAAAGGCUUCAGGGUGAUCCAGCCUAUGCCAAACACGAUUAUACACUGUAAUAAAAUUGUGAGAAUGUGAGGAAGAUAGUUCCAUGGAUGAGUGGAAAUAGUUCCACUCAUUUCUUUAUCAGAACGCUAAAACUGAGAAGAACCUGUGAAUGUAUUUGGUAAUUGGUAUAAGGGAUUUUUAAUAGGGAGUACCCACCCUAUUGUAUAUAAACAAACUCUUACUAGAAUGAAACGUAAGCAUAAGCAGGAAGGAAAGCUUUUGGCAGGAGCUCUUACUGUCUUUUCUGUACCAGCAAAGAUGUACUGAUAAGAAGUUCCACACAACGUUCCACCUCACAACAACAGAAUUAUAUUUAGAGUUUGCUG